AUGAAGAGGUUCUCGUCCUCUCUUAUCUCCAACCUCGGUAGAACCCGCCGCAGUGUCGGCGCCGUCCUUUCCUCCGCCCCCGAGAGUCCCACCCCGCCGCUCCCGGGGUCCCCGCGCCGCCGCCCACCUGCCCCCUUUCUCCUUUUUGGUAAGAUCCGAGCGCCGGAUGGGCUGCUUCCGGGUGAUCGCCGCCGGCAGCUUAGGAACCUCGAAACCCUACCAGAAAGGGCCCCUGUGGCUGCCCUGUCCCCCAGACAGCAGAAGAUCAAGGAGAAGGCCGACCUGGAGGAGGCCUUCGAGGCCGCGACGACCACUGAGGACAUCUUGGUCGCCUUCGCCGCCUUGGAGUCUUCCCUCGGGGAGUACGACAAGAAGCUCGGCUUGGCCUGCUUGAAAGUUGGGCAGCAUCUGGAUUUCAUCGGCUUCGAGGAGAACGAGAAGAUUUUGGUAUUCGCUCAGCGGGCGCUGGCUAUACUCGACAGAGAUGACGAUGGAUCCAUCUCGGUGGUCAUGGCGCUCCACUUGAUGGGCUCUGCUACCUAUAACCUCAAGAAGUACAACGACAGCUUGGGAUACCUGAAUCGGGCGAGUCGUCUUCUUCGUAAGCUAGAAGAUGAGGUCGCCGGCGACUUCAACUUAUUGCCCGUCAGUCAUGCCGUCCAGCUCCAGCUGGCCAACACAAAGACUGCGAUAGGGCGGAGGGAGGAGGCGCUGGAUAACCUCAGAAAGUGCUUGGAGAUGAAAGAGGUAAUCUUGGAGCCGAAUAGCAGGGAGUUGGGGGUAGCCAACCGCGACCUGGCAGAGGCCUAUGUCGCAGUUUUGAAUUUCAAGGAAGCGCUGCCCCUCUGCCAGAAGGCCCUCGAGAUCCACAGGAACGAGCUGGGGGAGAACUCGGUGGAGGUUGCCCAUGACCGGAGACUCCUCGGCGUCAUCUACACUGGACUUGAGGAGCACCAGAAGGCGUUGGAGCAGAAUGAGCUCUCGCGGACGGUACUGAGGAGAUGGGGCAUGGACUCAGAGCUUCUCCAUGCGGAGAUCGACGCAGCCAACAUCCAGAUUGCGAUGGGGAAAUUCGAGGAAGCGAUCGCCUCUCUCAGGGACGUGAUUCGGCAGACCGACAGCGACAGCGAGACGCGGGCGACGGUGUUCGUCUCCAUGGCGAAGGCCCUCUGCAACCAGGAAAAGUUCGGAGACUCCAAGCGGUGCCUGCAGAUAUCCUGUGGGAUCCUUGAGAAGAAGGAACUGAUCUCCCCCGUGAAGGUUGCAGAGGCGUACGCAGAGAUCUCCAUGCUCUACGAGACCAUGAACGAGUUCGAGGCCGCCAUAUCUCUGCUCAAGAAGACGGUCUCAAUCCUCGAGAAGCACCCACAAGAGCAGCACGCCGAAGGGAGCGCCUCUGCAAGGAUAGGAUGGCUGCUCCUCCUGACCGGGAAGGUGCCCCAAGCUCUCCCAUACCUGGAAGACGCAGCUGAGAGGCUGAAGGAAAGCUUCGGGCCGAAGCAUUUCGGAGUGGGAUACAUCUACAACAACUUGGGAGCGGCGUACAUGGAGCUGGACAGGCCACAGUCGGCGGCGCAGAUGUUUGCUCUGGCGAAGGACAUAAUGGAUGCCUCUCUGGGGCCUCACCAUGCAGACUCCAUUGAGGCCUGCCAAAACCUCGCGAAUGCUUAUGGCGCCAUGGGAAGGUAAAAAGCUCUAACAUUUCCGAUCAGCCAUAUAUUUCGAUGCGAAUACCAAUGAAUGGAUCCGACCCCUCCAAAAAAAAGUAGCUUCACUUUCAGAAUGACAGGCAGAAAAUAAUUUUCUUGUUGAAUUUUCCACGUCGGUUAUCCGCAAGAACAAGUAACUAAUAGACCAGGUGAUUCCCCUUUGUGCUAGGCAGAGGAAAAACUAAUUUAAAUACUAAUUAUAGGGAUAAGACCCUGGAAUAAAUUUCUUCUUUCUUUUUUUUUCAGAAUGACACCCAAAAAGAAGAGGUUUUUGGAAUUUCUCCCUAUCUAGUCUUCCACAAGAACAAGUGAUUAAUAGACCGGGUGAUUCCCCUUAGGGACAGGCAGAGAAAUUAAUCUAAAUGGGUCAGAAAUAUACGUAACUUAUCAUUUCUUCCGAUUGUCAGAUAUCAUCAUCUCAUCCAGGUUACCCUCUCGCUUUUGCACUGUUCUCUCCAUUAUUUUUAUGCUCACUGAAGAUCAUCACCGUGGACUUGGACUAUAUCCGCAAACAGGUGUUUCUUUUCUAUUUUGCUGACUCUUUUCUCCGCCUGUAGCUUCAUUCUUGCCAUGGAAUUCCAGCAGAAGGUGAUCGAUGCCUGGGAGAACCAUGGCCUGGACGCCAAGGACGAGAUAAGAGAAGCCCAUCGUCUUCUUGAGCAAUUGAAGAAGAAGGCUCGUGGGUCUCCCCCUACCUCUUUUCCAGGGAAGGCUCUGUCACUGCCUCCAGGUAAAUAA